GCAGAUAUGAUCUUGAAAAGUUAGUCCAUUUAAUUGUAAAUUUCUUCCCACUGGAUGCUCUUGAAGGGUGGAGAACCUAUGAUCAAAAACAAUUUCUCACGCUCCAUUCCGUGUUCAAUCUUAGAGACUGAAGCACAAAUGGUAAUUGUAGCCAGGAUGUUACUUCGUAAGAAUAUUUCAAUAUGAUAAUGAGAUGCUUUCGCAAAAUGCUUUGCUGCAAAGAUUUGUAGCAACAGGAACACUAGCUUCUGCAGCCAGAGCAUUGAGAGGCCCCCACCUAGCUUUCACUGUGAGGCCUGGGGCAGCAAGAGCAAUAAAUGAGCUGCAGAUAUUUGAGCCUACCCGCAGGGAGAAUGAGAUUGGUCAAUUGCUGCCCGAAACGCUUGGCGAGGAGCGUUUGACCCUUCAGGAGCAGCGGCUCCAGAUAGGCAGCCAGGAGCUUGUGCUGGUUGAGCCUGCAGAUGUAGACGCUGUCAUGGACAUGUACAUUCACAGAGGUCAGAUGGACAGGGAUCCUUACUGGAGCCGCCCGUGGCCAUCUGCUGUUGCCCUGGCUAAGCUCAUACUCCAGCAGCCCAGCAUUGUUGCUGGCAGGCGGGUCUGCGAGGUCGGCGCAGGCCUCGGCAUUGCCUCCAUAGCAGCUGUACUUGCAGGCGCGAAGGAGGUUGUCAUGACAGAUAGGGAGCCGCUGGCACUGGAGUGUGCACUGAGGAGCGCAGCAGCAUCGGGCAUCACGAGUGUGGCUGACUUUAAGGACACAACAUUCAGCAAAAGCUCGAGAGCACAGGUGCGCGGAGAGCUGCUUGACUGGACAGAGCCGUAUCUUGGGCCAAAAUUUGACGUUGUUCUGGCGUGCGACGUAUUGUAUGAGGAUUUUUCAGUGGAGCCAGUGGGCGAGUUAUUGCCUCAGAUACUGAGCUGCAGCGGCUGUGUGCUCCUAGCAGACCCCUCAGAACGCACACGGCACAACAGGGAAUACUUUGUGGACAUGAUGCAGAGCUUGAAGAGGCCAAUGUUGCUUGAGGAGUGCACACAGAUUGAGGAAGUGAUGGAUGGCAAGUCUUACUCGAUAGAGCUCAUGAAGUUCCACUUCAAAGAAGGGUCUGAGAGUGUGGGAGUCAAGAGACUGUUGACAUAGUACCACUUGCCAUCAUUGAUUAUAUGACCUCUAUUGCGCGCUCAUCAAUCCAAUACUAUUGACACUUUAUUCUUGUAAUGGUGUUGUGACGUGG